AAAUACCAUUUUACUAUGUUUGAACAAAUGGAGCUAGGUGCUGUAGUGACUAUGGGCAGCUGUGGAAAUGGAGACUGUCGUCCACCAGGCAUAACUCUCAAGCUGGAUAACUACCUGGAUGUUGGGGACUUCAGUGAGGAGGAAGGAGAUGUAACUGCUGACCCAGAUGGUGGGGUUCGGGUUCUACCAGGGGAGGUGGAGGAGGAACUCCKUACCUACCUGCCCUCCUUCUGUCACCUGACCCAGCUGGACCUGACCUCCACAGGCAGGAGGACGGGGACACGGCCGGGGACACGGGGACAGCAGCAGGACACGCUACCACAGGGACAGAGUGACAGUGAAGAGGUUUUGCCUUUCAACCUGGAUGAGAACUUUGACUACGACAAUGUUGUGCUGUCUAGCAAACAUCUCCUACCACAGUCCAACACUGGUGUAUGACCUCUGUGCAGGGACCACUGUCUGGGAGAGCCUUGUGUAAUACCACAUCAAAUAACCCAACUUACCAUUUAACUCGACUAAUAAACCACUCCUGAAAACAG